CAUCUCUCCCUCGCUCGUUCUCGUCCUCCGUUCUGCUUCAAGCCUGCUGCCGAUAAUGGCGUCCCUGGUUCAGUCCCCACCUCCCGUCCGCUGCAUUCCCUCCCCCGCCGCGUCGCUCUUCUUCGGCCGUUCCCUCCCCGUCAGGUGCGGCCGGAGGGCGGAGGGAAGCCGUCCCUCGCGCCCCCUCGGGUACCGCUCGAUCGUGUGCGGCGGCGGUAGCGGCGGCAGGUUCGCUAGGGCCAAGGAACCGCCGGCGGCGGCCCCGACCCCGGCCUCGCUGGCGCGGGAGCCUCACAAGUACUUCGACCAGGCGGUCGUCACCGUGCGGUCGGGGGACGGGGGCCACGGCGCGAUUCUCGGCAUGCCUGGCCAGGAGAGGGCCUCCGGCAAGACGCGCGAGAAGGAGAAGGCGAAGAGGCGUGGCUCGCUUAAGAGGGACUUCGACGGGUCGCUCGUGCUCCCGGUGGGCGGGCACGGGGGCGACGUGGUGAUCUACGCGGACGAGGCCAAGGAUUCGCUGCUGGAGUUUCACGGGAGGAGCCGGUACAACGCGAAGCGGGGCGGGAAUGUGGAUGCCAUGGGGGUUUUGACGUCUCAAUUGCACAAUGGGUUCGCUGCUCCUACUCUACGCAUUCCCGUGCCUGUAGGAACAGUUGUCAAACGUAAACGAGGGAAGUUAUUGGCUGAUUUGGCAAAUCCGGGGGAUGAAGUUCUUGUCACAAGAGGUGGACAAGGCGGGAUUAGCUUGUUAGAAAUGCCUGAACAUAGAAGGAAGAAAUUGAUGACACUGACGACCAAUGUCAUGAGAGAUGACAGUGAUAAGGUUUUAGUUCUUGGUCAGCCUGGGGAAGAGGUUAGUUUGGAGUUGAUUCUACGUGUUGUGGCAGAUGUUGGUUUAGUGGGUCUUCCAAAUGCUGGCAAAUCAACACUCUUGGCAGCCAUAACACGUGCAAAACCUGAUAUUGCUGAUUACCCAUUCACAACUUUGAUGCCGAACCUUGGGCGCCUUGAUGGUGACCCCAAUUUAGGGGCUGGGAAGUAUUCAUCUGAAGCUACAUUGGCAGAUUUGCCUGGUCUUAUAGAAGGGGCACACCUUGGGAAGGGCCUUGGUCGCAACUUCUUAAGGCAUCUCAGGAGAACUCGGCUAUUAGUCCAUGUAGUUGAUGCAGCAGCUGAGGACCCGUUGAAUGACUACAGAACUGUGAAAGAGGAAUUGCGGAUGUACAAUCCUGACUACCUGGAACGACCAUAUAUUGUGGUUUUAAAUAAAAUCGACCUUCCCGAGGCUGGGGAUAGAGUUUCUUAUUUGACUCAAAAGAUACUAGAAAUUGGUUCUGAAAGGAAGCCACCUGAGUCAGAAAUGAGGUUUAGCUCUUCUGACAGUCAAAAUGAGGAAAGUCUUUCUUCAAAUGUUUCUGAUGUCAGAAGGGAUAAAGAAAUUGAGGACUAUCCAGCCCCUCUUGCUGUUGUAGCCGUCAGUGUCCUCAAAGGCAUCAGAAUAAAUGAGAUGCUGAAUGAGAUAAGAGCAGCUUUAAGGAAGUGCAAGGAACAAAAUGAACCCUUGGAACUAGCUUUGAGAUCAUAAUGGUAAAGGGGUUGCUAAUCCUAGAGGUGUUUCUUGAACCGUGUUUUGAGCUAGAAUGCAUUAAGGUGGUAGGCUUUUUUGGCCAUCUGUACCUGCAGACGCGGGAAAAUUGGAAUGCCACAUCUAGCAAUGACCGACCCAGACAUGGCUCAAAGAAAAUCAGGGAAUGGUUCCGUCCGUUGUCACUGGCUCGAGACGUGUCACGGGACGCGAUUUUAGAUCGGUUGCGAUCUUGAGGUGUUUUUCGUCAAUCGACAGUGGCAGACGGUGGUUGAGGAAUUUAUUUCUCAUCGCGUCAACGAUGCCGUCACCCCGACGAAUGAGGCGGUAACUCCAGUUUUAUCUUUUCUUGACUUAUCUAGCGUCUAGCAUCCUCCUUCAAUCGGUUUUUAUCUCUGUAAAAAUUUAUACCCGGCUCACUUUAUAGUAUGCUCAUCAGUAACUUGAACUAGCUUAUCUGUAUCUUGUGCUUAAUUUUCUUCUGCAUUGAAGUGUUCUGACUGGAAGAGAGAGAUUGAGAAUGCACUGUACUCUGCCUUGCUCUAGUUUUUUCCUCCUUUGGAAUUAGUUA